AUGUCUACACGAACCGUGUUCAGGACUCGCAUAGACGAUGUCCCCAUAGCCGACGGUCCAUCAGGCCCCAAUGUUAUAUGGGCCACAGUGUAUUUUGACCCCGAUGAGGCUAGGCUUGAUGAUCUAGAGUUGAUUCGCCUUAUGAUGUUCCGCGUCGUGAAUCGACAGGUUACAAUCAACGAGUUACCCAUGCACCACAGAUACUCUCACUGUUUAUCAAUCCGUGUGGGCGGAGAGCUUCCUGACUCGGAUGCCAUUUAUGAAGUUGCUGAAGCGAUGUUGGAUUACUUUUAUGGGAGGGUCAAGUCGGGAGAGUUUGUUAUUAAUCGCACUUAUAUUUUCCGUAGACGGUCGCGGGAUCUGGUAAAGAGAAUAUACGACAGUGGAACCAGAUGA